CCCGACGUCAUCGGUGUGUCCGGCAUGUCUCCGGAGACCCGUCGCCUGUAUAAGCUGCUGACCGAGGUCGUGGAGCGGCAAGACCUCCGCGGCGCUCUUUACACCGAUGACCGCGAUGACGAGGUCAGCGACCGUUUGGAGGUGGUGAUUGUCAACGACGAGGUUGCCCGACUCUACCAGCACAGCGAGCGUGCGAAGAAGGACCACCCUAGCUUCGCCCCCUUGACGCAUUACUGUGUGGCCUUGGCCAAGUACCUGCAGAGUCCGCUGAAGGAAUACGCGUCCCUGGGCCGGGACAUCGUGUCCAUCCAAUUCAAGCCGGGCCAGCAGCUUGUCUCUCAGGAUCUGUUGCUGAAGCAGCUGGAGACCGCGUUGGUGGACAUGGUGAACCUGGUGGGUGUGGACAUUAAUGAAGCCGUCACGGAUUCGGCGACAGCCAAUCUCCUGCCUUACGUCUGUGGUCUGGGACCCCGAAAGGCGGCACACCUGCUCAAGAUUGUGAACAUGAACGGCGGCGUGGUCAACAACCGGGCGGAGCUGCUGGGUGUGAACGCCCAGUAUCCGGCCAUGGGUGUGAAGGUGUGGAACAACUGCGCCAGCUUCUUGUACAUCGACUUUGAGAACGCCGAUCCGGACGCAGACCCGCUGGACAACACGCGUGUGCACCCCGAAGACUACGAUAUUGCGCGCAAGAUGGCGGCCGAUGCGCUGGAACUCGACGAAGAGGAUAUCAAGGCGGAGACGGACGAGAAUGGACCGGGGGCAAUUGUGCGCAAAUUGUUCCGCGAGGAGGCACAAGAUCGGGUGAACGACUUGAUUCUGGAGGAGUACGCCGAGCAACUGGAGAAGAACCUGAACCAGCGCAAGCGAGCGACAUUGGAGACGAUCCGGGCGGAGCUGCAACAGCCGUACGAGGAACUACGGAAGCAAUUCGUCUUCCUCAGCACGGAUGACAUUUUCACCAUGCUCACUGGUGAGACGGCAGAGACGUUGUCGGAGGGCAUGGUGGUGCCCAUCUCCAUCAAGCGGAUCACGGACGAUCACAUUGACGGCAAGCUGGACUGUGGAAUCGACGCCCUGGUGCCCGAGUCGGAGCUGACCGACCGGUAUGAUAUCCCCGUGCGGGCGCUGUAUCAAAUCCACCAGACGCUGCCGGCCAAGGUGCUCUUCCUGAACCGCAAGAACUUCCUGUGCAAUGUCUCGCUGCGGGAGGAGCAGGUCAGCCGGCCGGUUCUACGGACGCCGGACCGACUGCAAGGGGAGUGGGACGACCGGCAGGAGGCGCAGGACCGGGAAGCGCAGCAGGAGAAGACCCAGAGCGGCGGACGGACGAUGCGGGUGAUCAAGCACCCGCUGUUCCGGCCGUUCAACUCGACGCAGGCAGAGGAAUUCUUGGGGUCGCAGAGCCGGGGAGAUGUGGUGAUUCGCCCGUCGUCCAAGGGACCGGACCAUCUGGCGGUAACGUGGAAGGUGUCCGACGGCAUCUUCCAGCAUAUCGAUGUGCUGGAGCUGGACAAGGAGAACGAAUUCUCCGUGGGACGGACACUGAAGGUGGGCGGACGCUACACGUACAGUGAUUUGGACGAUUUGAUCUUCAACCACGUCAAGGCGAUGACCAAGAAGGUGGAUGAGAUGAUGUUGCAUGAGAAGUACCAGGACGGCAACAAGGACGCCACCUACUCCUGGUUGGAAACAUACACCAAGGCCAACCCCCGGCGGUCGGCCUACGCCUUCUGCAUCGAUCCCAAACAUGCGGGCUACUUCUUCCUGUGCUUCAAGGCAGGUGAGAAGGCGCCGCUGCACAGCUGGCCGGUGAAGGUGAUCCCUCAAGGAUAUGAGCUGCAGCGCAACCCAUAUCCGGACAUGCGGGCCCUGUGCAAUGGCUUCAAGCUGUUGUUCACCAACAUGCAGGCCGGCAAGAGGCGGUGA